CCAUCGCCGGGGUCGGGGGAAAGAGAACGGGGACCAUCCCCACCCCCCGCCGCACAAUCGCUCCAGGUGCGGCUGCCGAGCCCUCCUGAGCUACCCCGGUGAUGCUGCAGGUCUCCUGGGAUGGGUUGGAUUUUUUCAGGUGUUACUAGAAUAAAUGAAAAUAAUCUCCAAGAAUUAAGGUUAGAGCUAAUAAGGCAAACUCAUAAGACACUCCAACUCCAGGAAGAGCUUUUGUCAGCAUGGAAGCUAAAGGGCAUGAUGCAAAUCAGGAAGAUGUAUCACUGAGUGCUGUCAGAUCCAGUGGAAUACAUGAAGGAGAAAGUAUGGCGUGGUGGGAGUCUCUCUGUAUCCUGAGUCAUGAGGCCCAGCCCUACCCCCAGUCUUUACCAUCAACAGGUUCUGCCAGUCCGUUUUUAGUGUCAACUUGUCUUCGUGGUGCAGUGAAUGAAAACCCUUCCACACCGGUGGCUUUAACACAGAACCCUUUAUUCACUAAAUAUGAAAUGGAACUUGAAACCCAGCGAAAAGUUAUCCCUUACCCUGGAAAAGAACAUAUUGAGCGGGUUUUAGAAGAGUAUUCUCAUCAGGUGAAAGAUUUACAGAGAAGACUGAAUGAAUCUGACAUUGAACUCUUUCAGAGUGCUGAGAUGCAUGAAAAACAGAAAUUCCAUCUGAGACAGUCAGUCAUCGACUUGCAGACCAAGCUCCAAGAGAUGCAGAUGGAGAGAGACGCCUUGGUUGACAUCAGACGAAGGGAGACCCAUUCUCAGGAUGAUCUGAGGAACCAGCUCCAAAAUACAGUUCAUGAACUUGAAACUGCUAAGCGCCUUCAGGAAGAUAUGCUGAGGGAGAGCAAUAGCCAGACAGAGCAGCUCAGAAAGAUAAUGCUCAGCCAUGAAGGUGUGCUUCAGGAAAUCCGGUCCAUUCUGAUGGACUAUGAAGAGACCACAGGCAAGAGAAUAUAUGAGCAUGAGACCAUCUCUUCUCUCCACGUCCGCAACUUGGGCACAGCUAUUAGUAAACUUCUAAGAGAAUUAGACACGGAAGUGUCUUAUCUUAAAGGGAGGAUUUUUCCAGUAGAAGACCAACUUGAAUCAUUGAAAACUGAAUCACAGAACAAAAUAGAGCUGCUUCUUCAACAGCAUCAAGACAGGAUCGAGCAAUUAAUGAAUGAGCAUGAGCUUGAAGUAACAGGCCUGACAGAGAAAGCUAGCAGUGCCCGAAGCCAAGCAAAUAGUAUCCAGAGCCAAAUGGAAAUCAUUCAAGAACAAGCAAGGAAUCAAAAUUCAAUGUAUAUGCGUCAGCUCAGUGAACUGGAAUCUACUGUUUCUCAGCUGCGUUCUGAAUUAAGAGAGGCCAAAAGGAUGUAUGAAGACAAGAUAGAAGAUCUUGAGAAACAGUUAGUCCUGGCCAACUCAGAAUUGAAUGAGGCCCGCACCGAGCGUGAUCAGUUCAGUCAGGAAUCUGGAAACCUGGAUGACCAACUUCAGAAGCUGCUGGCUGAUUUACAUAAAAGGGAAAAGGAGCUAAGUUUGGAAAAGGAGCAGAACAAGAGGCUUUGGGACAGAGAUACUGGCAAUAGCAUCACCAUUGACCACCUGCGCCGGGAGUUAGAUGACAGGAACAUGGAAGUGCAACGACUGGAAACACUAGUGAAAACCAUGAAGACUGAGUGCCAAGGGCAGAUGGAGCGCCAGAUGGCAGCAAUUCAAGGAAAGAAUGAAAGUCUAGAGAAAGUGUCUUCCUUGACAGCUCAAUUGGAAUCCACCAAAGAGAUGCUCCGCAAAGUUGUGGAAGAGCUGACUGCUAAGAAGAUGACCCUGGAAAGUUCUGAGAGAACCGUGUCUGACCUGACACAGUCUCUACAAGAGAAAGAGCGAGCCAUUGAGGCUACUAAUGCGGAGAUCACCAAGCUCCGCUCCAGGGUUGACUUAAAGUUACAGGAACUUCAACACCUAAAGAACGAAGGAGACCAUCUCCGGAAUGUGCAGUCAGAGUGUGAGGCCCUCAAGCUGCAGAUGGUGGAGAAGGACAAGGUGAUUGAGAUUUUGCGUCAACAGAUUGAAAACAUGACUCAGCUGGUUGGUCAGCAUGGGCGUACAGCUGGGGCUAUGCAAGUGGAAAAAACUCAACUUGAAAAAGAGAUCAAUGAUCGGAAGCUAGAACUACAGGAAUUCAAGAUUAUAAAAGACAAGAAAGAUUCAAAAAUACGUGAGCUCGAAGCCCGGCUAAGUGACUUGGAACUUGAAAAGGUGAAGCUGGUGAAUGCUGGAUCUGAACGGCUCCGUGCAGUAAAGGACAUGAAACAAGAGAGAGACCAACUACUAGCUGAGGUGAAAAAUAGUCGGAAUGAGCUCUCCAGUCUUUCAGAGGCCUCAGCCAAUAAAAUUCAGCACUCGGUUGACAAGAAUGAGGAAAAAACCCUCAUGCCCAAGGACUACGAAGUUUUGAAAAGAAAUUAUCGGAACAAAAGUGAAGAGAUGGAAUGUACCACGAACAAGCUGAAAAUGCAAUUGAAAUCUGCCCAGACUGAACUGGAACAAACAAGAAAUACUUUAAAGACAAUGGAAGGCUCUGAUGGCCAUGCCAUGAAAGUUGCAAUGGGAAUGCAGAAGCAAAUCACUGCCAAACGAGGACAGAUUGAUGCCCUGCAGAGCAAGAUUCAGUUCUUGGAGGAAGCAAUGACAAAUGCAUCUAAGGAGAAGCGUUUCUUAAAAGAAGAGAAAAAUAAACUAAGUCAAGAAUUGAGCCUUGUUGCAACGGAAAAAAAUAAAAUGGCAGGGGAGCUGGAGAUCCUGAGAUCCCAAGAGCGGCGCUUGAAAGAAAAAGUUGCUAACAUGGAAAUUGCUCUUGAUAAGGCAUCUUUGCAGUUUGCAGAAUGUCAGGACAUAAUCCAGCGUCAGGAGCAAGAAUCCGUACGCUUGAAACUGCAGCACACAAUGGAUGUAAAGGAACUUCAGACUCCAGGCUACUCCCCAAGCCCUUCAGUGAAACAGCGUAUUAUAACAUCAUUGCCUUCUUCCAGACCCCACUCUGCCAAUUUACCAUCUUCCCAGUCUUCUAUCAGCUAUGUAAGUCAUGUACCUCCCAAAGUUUCUGCUUUGAAGGAAGACCCAACAAGGGAUUUAAAACAACUUCUUCAUGAGCUGAGAAGUGUCAUCAACGAGGAACCCUCUGUGUCAGUGCCUAAGAAUGAUGGUGACAUUGGGAGACCACCCCCUGGAGGAGGCAUUCACAUGGGAGUAGAUGAUGCAGUCAGAGACCCACUUACUGAAUCUAAACUGAGAACAGAGUUGUUCAACAGCUUGAGGUUCCAGCAGGACAUGAAGAGGAACCGUCUCAAGAAAUACCAGACUGAGAGAGAUCCUACAACUCUUCAUGCUGGAGACCUGGAGGACACAUCUAAUACCUUCAGUUUUCCAUCCAGUGUAAGUCCUUCAAUUGCAGUUGGUGGAAACCGAUAUGGCACUUCUCCUAAAAAGUUCUCCCAAGAGCCAAAGGCCACAGAAAGGCCUCCAGCACACCCCAUCUUGUCCAGCUCAACUGAGGAUUCUCUGUCUUCCAAAUCAGACUACAGAGCUGUCAAACAUACCCAUCCAUCUGAUGUUAAAGGUACAGCUUCUCAGAAUCAACCAGUAGAAACAACUGGAAAAACAUGUAGGAAGCUACAGAACAGACUGGAGAGUUUGCAAAAUCUGGUAGAAGACUUACAAAUGAAAAACCAAGCAAUGUCUUCAAUGAUCAGAAAUCAAGAAAAAAGGAUACAAAAAGUCAAAGACCAAGAGAAGAUGCUAUUGAAAUGAACCAUCCCUUGCUUCAUUUUUAUACAUGGACUAUGCCUAAUUAGCUGUCAUGUUUAAACAUACAUAUUAUUCUGUGGAAGGUUUUUUUCUGUGAAAAUUUAAUAAAAGAGAGUCAGAGUCAAUAA